AUGCCGAGAGGUCGUCGUGCGGAAGCUGCCCGGGAGACAGCUGAAACCUCCUCGCAGGACGAGGUAGAGUUGAUGAUGCGUCUUCUGGAACGCCAAGUGAUUCGGCUGGAGGAGAGGAAGCGCCGCCGGUCGGCCUCCUCUUCCUCAUCUUCGUCCAAUUCGUCCAGCUCGUCGAGCUCGUCCAGCUCGUCCUCAGAGUCUCCGGAGAGGAGAUCCAAGAAGAAAAAGCGUAAAAAUAAGAAGAGGAGCCAGUCAGUGCCGCAUACUAUGCCAGGUAUGAAACGACUCAGCUACCAACAUCAAUUCGAAUGCCUCUCCGAAAUAUCUGGGCACCUGGUAACGGCCAAAACAUUUGUUAAAAAAUCUAAAAAGACCAAGGCGCUGAAGGAGCUCAAGAACUCAAGCGAAGUCCUGCAGAAUGGGUUGGACUGGCUAGCAGUGGCGGACCGCCAUGGCCAUGACACCGCCACAGCGUUCACGGAAGGGGACGGCAUGGCUGGCCUCUUGGCCAGCGCAGACAAACGGAAACGUCUCCGCCUAGCCAUCGAGGCCACGAAGCAGGGAAAGGAUGGCUCGAAGCCAAAGAAGCCCCAGCAGCAGCCCUUUCGGGCCAGCACUCCCGCACCAGCCGGCAACUGGAGUGCCGCACCAGCCCGGCCUGCCCCAGCGCAACGGUUGCCAGCCGAGCCAGCCAGGCCCACAACCCGGCAGUCCACGGCUGUGUGCCACCACUGCGGAGAGACGGGCCACUACGUUCGGUAUUUUAGUGUGAUACGGUCAGCCAUGUGA